AAGGGUUUGUCCUCGCAUGUGAUUAGUGGGUGUGUGUUGUCUUUUCCUCUCAUUCAGUGCGACGUUUUAUUAAAGUUAUAAGAUGGCGACUGUGCAUCUGAGGAUCGGGGACCUAGUGUGGGGGAAGCUUGGUCGUUACCCACCAUGGCCAGGAAAGAUAGUAAGCCCUCCCAAGGACCUGAAAAAGCCCCGCGGCAAAAAAUGCCACUUUGUGAAAUUCUUUGGAACUGAAGACCACGCCUGGAUCAAAGUAGAACAACUGAAGCCCUACCACGCCCACAAAGAGGAGAUGAUCAAGAUAAACAAAGGAAAGCGGUUUCAGCAGGCGGUCGAUGCGGUGGAAGACUUCCUGAAGAAAGCAAAAGGGAAAGAACAGAACUCAGACGGUAAAGGAGACUCAAAAGGAAAGAAGACACCCAGCAAGCCACUGAAAAUACUGGAGGAGGACGACGAGGAUCUCAGUGCCUUGAAGGACCCCUCCGAGAAGGACUUAACUGACUCUGACCCCGAGCCGUCCACUCUUGAGAGGCUGGGGGCCGGACCUGGCUCAGGAUUCAAAUGGGAAUGCAGUCCGGUGAAGGACGACCCCCACUUUCAUCACUUCCUCCUCAGCCAAUCCGAGAAGCCAGCGUCAUCAAUGGAACCCAUUAGCAAGCGCCUGAAGAUCAUCGAAGAGGACACAGGGUCAACAUCAAUCCAAGCAGCAGACAGCACAGCCAUCAAUGGCAGCAUCACACCCACAGACAAAAGGAUAGGCUUCCUGGGCCUGGGGCUGAUGGGUAGCGGCAUAGUUUCCAACCUGUUGAAAAUGGGUCACGUCGUCACAGUGUGGAAUCGCACAGCGGAAAAGUGUGACCUGUUCAUCCAGGAGGGGGCCAGGUUAGGUCGGACUCCGGCAGAAGUGGCCUCCAUGUGCGACAUAACUUUCUCCUGCGUGUCUGAUCCAAAAGCCGCCAGGGAUUUGGUGCUGGGACCCAGCGGAGUUCUGCAGGGAAUCAGGCCGGGCAAAUGCUACGUGGAGAUGUCCACCGUAGAUCCAGAGACCAUCACAGAGCUCUCACAGGUGAUCACGUCGCGGGGCGGCCGCUUCCUGGAGGCCCCCGUGGCAGGAAGCCAGCAGCUCUCUAAUGACGGGAUGCUGGUCAUCCUGGCGGCCGGUGACAGGACGGUGUACGAGGACUGCAGCAGCUGCUUCCAGGCCAUGGGCAAGACGUCGUUCUUCCUGGGUGAAGCAGGGAACGCGGCGAGGAUGAUGCUGAUCCUCAACAUGGUGCAGGGCAGCUUCAUGGCCACCAUUGCGGAGGGGCUAACGCUGGCACAGGCCACUGGCCAAUCACAGCAAACCUUCCUGGACAUCCUGUGUCAGGGCCAGAUGGCGAGCACCUUUGUGGACCAGAAAUGCCAAAAUAUCUUACAGGGCAACUUUAAACCAGACUACUAUUUGAAACAUAUUCAGAAGGACCUGAGGCUAGCCAUCUCCAUGGGCGACAUGGCCAACCACCCAACCCCAAUGGCUGCAGCUGCCAACGAGGUUUAUAAAAGGGCUAAGGCACUGGAUCAGUCGGACAACGAUAUCUCUGCAGUCUACAGAGCCUACAUUCACUAGAGCGAGGUGUGAUCUAUCCUCAGGACGACUCAGUCUUUAAUCCCUUCUUAUUUCCCCCCUCAUCAUCUAAUGCGUUUUUUUUUUUUUUUUUUUUUUUUUUUUUUUUUUUUUUUUUUUUUUUUUAAUUCUCAAUCUUGUCGUUUUAAUUUCAUUCUGCCCCAGUGCCAGCCAUGUCAAAUGACCACAACUCCUGGGAUUAUAACUUUUUUUUUUUUUUUUUUUUUUAAAAAGCAAGGCAACCUUGAGCAUUGCACUGACUGUACCGAGGGAAUAAGCUGUAAGAAUGCUCCAUACGAGGUUGUGCUACUGGACUGGACUGCUGCCGUUUUGUCGAGAGGGGUAGAAGUAGUAAAGCAGGGUGUCUGGCGAGUUUGUGAUGCGCAGCGCCGCUGUAGAGCCAGAGAAUUUUCUGUCAAGUUUUGUGGAUGCAGACGCCCUACAGAAGUCUCUUUUUUUUUCUCUUUCUUUUAUGUGCAAAUGAUGAGUUAAUUUAAUUGAGUGUGAUACUCUUUUUUUCUUCUUCUUCUCUUUUCUUUUAAAAUGUCCAGAUAUUGAUGAGAGGAAACACCAAGAACAUGCCACUGCAUUGCCUUAAUAUUUGCAACCCCUUCUUUCAGUAAUAGAUGUAUUUAUUUAUGUUUCUCUCUAGGUCUUCUUGGUGCAGUUCGGUCAUGGCUUCUUUCUGUGUUUGAGAUGAUUUAUGCUUCUGUGUUGGUGUUGAUGAUCUCUCUCUCUGAACAGGUUGAGGACAGAGCGUGUCGAGGCCUUAAAAUGCAGUAAUAAUUGAUAUUCUUCAUCAAGAAUUUUCCAAAUUAGAAACAUUUUUAUUAUUUCGUUUGGAAGAGUUCUCAUUUCAUUUUUUUUUUCUUUUUUUUUUUUUAAUAUAAUACUCUGAAUCUAGAUGAAUCCUCUCUCUGAGUUGUAUUUUAACUGAAGUUCAUUAUUGAACCCCAUCGAUUGUCAUUGUUUUCUUUUAUUGUCCAUUAGUUGCAGGAAGAAAAAAAAAGUGUUGAAAUUGAGUUUCAUUUUAGACCCUCGAGAGACACAAAUAUUAUAUAUAUAAAAAAAAAAAAUCGAACUAAUUAAAGUUUUAUGUGGGUUUUAAAGACUGACUCUCCAAGCUGUGCAACAACCUCCUGGUCUCCACAGUCGGAGCUUCGCUGUCAAACUGUUACUUCGUUUAUGUUACCCAGCCCAGAAUGAAUCAACCUGAACCCUUAAACUAAACAUUUACACACGGCCCAUUUUAUUUUUUCACGUUAAAUGAAUUGAGGCUGAUCUUAAGUGCGUAGUAGAGGUCCUCAUAGACUUGACUGAAGCCUGGAACCCGACGGAUAAAUUGGCCGAGCAGCAGGCGGUUAAUUAAGAAGAAACGUCAGAGAUAUACCAAAGAUUUGUAAAAGGUCAUUAAAUAAAAAUGCAGACUGUCUAACAGAAAGCUCUGACGAGAUUAUUGUACACCUUACAUGUCCCUUCACUCUUGGUCUCAAACGCUUCAAUAAACCAAUUUCACAGAUGUUUAUUAUUAAAUACAAAUAUAUAUAUAUAUAUAUAUAUAGAAAAAAUUGUGCCAGCUACUGAAUUUUUGGGGCGGAUGCUAAUGGUCUCCAUUCGAUUUCACAUUACCUUUAGUCUGAUUAAAUGCUUGUAGGGGUGUGUUUUGUUGUGUCAAUGCUGUGUGAGGAAAGAAAAUGUGUUUUUUUUUUUUUUUUCAAAGUAAAAUACUCUAAAAGUGAUUUUGAAAAAAAGUAUCCUGAGUCUGAACAGGUGGCGUGUCUUUUUUUUUGUUCUCCUUUAUUUUUCGUCAAGUUUGGGGAAGUCAUUUUGAAUCGGGUCCAAAUCUUUGAACCCAUGUCGACCUCUACUACGUUGCCUAAAACCUACCCUGCGGAAAUAUUAACACAUUUUACCCCGGAGGUAAAAGCUCAAUCGAUUAAGCCUUGGCGGCUCCAAAAGUUUAGGGUUUUGUGCCAUGUUCAUGUUACCAGAUGUGGCCAAUUUAUUCUCACCCUCGUGAUGGGAACAAUGUUGUGGGACAUGUUUUAUUUCGGUCUGUUGAGAUGGCGAGGUCAUGUUUUUGCAUCCUUAAAAUUCCUGUAGAAAGAAAAUGGUUGCUAAGAAGAAGAAGAAGGAGAGCAUUUGUGCUGUAGCAUAAAGAAGUGAAGAAACUCAAACAUUAAGGGUGACGAUCCAAAGAUCCCAAACUGUAAUCGCUUCAAGGAAGGAGGUAAAAGUCAGGAUCGUUUUUUUUUUUUUUUUGUUUUUUUCGUUGAAACCAUGAAUUAAUUUCUCACAAAAACAUAAUCCACACCAGUGUCCAUAUUUUCUGAAAGCUUGAGGUGUUUAAUUUCCCGAACACAUUCUCGUGUAAAGACCUGUUUUUAGAAGACAGAUGUAAAUAGCACGUUAGGCUGAGUAGGGUUCCUUUUGUAUCUACCGUAACGAGGAUUGAAGAAAACGACUAUUUUGGACUCUAAAAGAGCGACUGUCUCACAUCCGUGUCAUAAUACUGAAGGUUGCUCAGUUCGAAAGUAAAUAGUUUAUACAUAUGUGGCUUAUAUAAUCUGGCUUAUUGCAUUGAAAUGACAAUGACUUUGAUCCCAUUCAUGGAAGAAGAGUGGAGCCUUGGUUUUGGGGGAUAUUUAUGAUUUUGUGUACAUGUGGAAAUACCAAGACUUUUGUGCUGUUUAAUAAAUCCUUUCCUGAUUACUGACA